CAUGGCCUAGCCGGUCGGCUAGGCCAUGGUUCUGGGCUAGCCAUCUACCCAGCGAUGGUAGAUUUCACCCAUGCAUGGGUAAGUGAUCCCAGGAUUCCAGAAUCAUGCCACCCAGCGAUGGGAAGAUCUUCCCAUCGAUGGGUAAGCAGUCCCUUAGCCAAACCAACUUCCAGAACCAUGCCAAACAGCGAUGGGAAGUUCUAACAAUCGAUGUUAAAGCCUUGGUGCAACAUUACCACAAGGCAGAAUGCCCUUACCCAGCGAUGGGAAGCUUUACCCAUCGAUGGGAACCCAGCGAUGGGAAGGCUUAACCAUCGAUGGGAAGGCAUGACCGUUGCGAGUUAUUUAAGGCUGAUUCUUUCCUUAUUUGAAAGUCAACCUCCCACCCAGCGAUGGGAAGCAUCU